GGGGUGGAUCCCGAGAGUGAAUGGACGGGGCGUGCGGCGCGGAGUGGAGCAGCGGCGGGACCUUGGGGCGGUGGCGGCGCGGAACGGAGCGGCUCCGGGCGCGGCGGCCACGCGGUGGCCGCCCCCAGCGGCCGGGCCAUGGGAACGCCGGCCUCGGUAGCGAGCGAUCCUCCGGGGAGAGCGGCGCCCUCCGCCCGCGGCCGCAAGCGGGCCUCGGCCAACAUCUUCCAGGGCGUGGGGCUGCCGGAACUGCGCAGCCUGUUCCAGAGCGGUGGGGCCGAGAGGCCCGAGGAGCGCGCCCGCCUCGUCUGGCGCUACGCAGGGCAGCGCCGCAUGGCACGGGCAUUACGGCAACUCCGGCGGCGGAGAGCGGCGCGGCGCGGCGGUGAGACGGCGGCUUUACGGCGCUUCGGCCGCCUCCGGAUCACCGAUAAGGAGUCCGAGGGAGACGGCAGGGACAAAGCGACCUCAGGGCCCCCGCAGCAGCACUGAGAACGGGAAACAGGCCUGCCACACCGACCCAGCACACCGAGGACACUAAGUGUACAGGACAUGAGUGCAAUAGUUAAUAAAAGGUGGGCAGCAGUA